CACAGGAACCGUUAUGACUAUAGACAUUUGCCUGCCCCGUGUUAGAACUCGCCGUGUUCUUGUCUCAGUAUUAACUAACAGUCUCAGUAUUAAAUAACAUUCCAAAGAGAGUUCUUUACUCCCCCCCCCCCGACCUGCCGAGCAACACCCCCAGAAAGCGAAGCUUACUUUUCCCGGCGUGUCUGACGUUGCUCUUGCAGUUAAUGAGAAAUGGUUACAUGUACUUCCCUUACUAGUUAGAACGGGGCGAUCAGGAAACGCGACUUUAGGUAACUAACACGCAAGACUCCGGUCCUGGUUAUCGCGGAAUUGACCACGCUGAAGACAGGUGUUUGACUGGAGACGCUCUCUGCUGCUUCAGUAUUAAUGUUUCAUUUCGUUUGGGGCCGUUGUGUUGUUAUUGGAACAGUAGGCUACUCAUUAAUGUUGACUAACUGAAGACGGCGGCAUACCCAGGAUUGUGCGUGGGGUCUUCACGGCUUUUUUUUUUUGCACGCGUCCCUCACGAACAGCUGGACCUCUGCAAACUGUAGCAAAGACGAAGUUGUUGAAACGUGUUAUCCAUAACAAAGAUGAACAGCAGCAUGACAGAGAAGGAGAACGAGCCAAAUGAAUUUUCUAACCACGAGGAAGAGGUCCGAACACUGUUCGUCAGUGGAUUGCCGCUGGACAUCAAGCCCAGAGAGCUCUAUCUCUUAUUCAGACCGUUUAAGGGCUAUGAAGGCUCCCUAAUCAAGCUCACCUCCAAACAGCCGGUUGGAUUUGUCAGUUUUGACAGCCGAUCUGAGGCGGAGGCUGCGAAGAACGCCCUGAACGGCGUCCGCUUCGACCCGGAAAUCCCGCAGACGCUGCGGUUGGAGUUCGCCAAGGCCAACACCAAAAUGGCGAAGAGCAAGCUGGUGGGCUCUCCCAACCCCCCGCUGUCCCAGGCGGGCCCCGGACCCCAGUUCAUCCCUCGGGACCCCUAUGAGCUCACAGUCCCAGCUCUGUACUCCAGUACCCCUGAUGUGUGGGCCCCGUACCCCCUCUACCCUGCCGAACUGUCUGCUGCUCUACCCCCCGCAUUCACCUACCCCUCCUCUCUGCAUGCACAGAUCCGCUGGCUCCCUCCUGCAGAUGGUGCUCCACAGGGAUGGAAGUCCAGGCAGUUCUGCUGAAAUUUGGGGUGUCGCGGUGCGAUGGGGGCGUGGGGCGGUCCUGAAGGUGUUGACUGGAGGUCCAGAGUCCCGCCAGGAACGCGCGAGCGUCGCGGUGGACGGACGGCAACGACACCUAGCUGCAUCUCAGGACCUUCAAGACCCCUGCCUCAAUCACACCCAUACCCUCCAGAGCAACCCCCCCACCCCCCUCCCCACAUUUUUUAUACUGUUACAUUCUAGAAAUCUUCUUAUUGUUAUUAUAAUAAUUAUUAUUAUUGCUGUUGUUAUGAUGGUCACUAUUAUAUGUGAAAGCAUGAUUUGCCAAAAAAAAAACUUAAAACUAAAAAAUGCUGUACAUUUUUAAAAAAUAUUUUGAGGAAAAAAUACAAAUAUUUUUGUAUGAAGAAAAUGUUCCAACUUUUUUGGGCUGUGUUUGUGAAUGUGUGAGGACCUGCAUUUUAAAACCAGAAUAUUUCCUCUCAGUUCUCUACAAUUAAUUGGUCAUGUUUGACGAUCAAACAAAUAAGGGAAAAUCACUGACGAGACCAGCACGAAGUUUUCUGGAUCCAGGAAGACUGACGUAUACUCAAAUGUGCCAGGCCAGAGUGAACAUUGCUAGCUUUUUCUAGGGUACCUUUAUGGCAUCGUGGCUACAUUUUCAGGUCUUCAACCAGAAGGUUGUAGGCUCAAACACCAGGAGGGACAAUUGUUGUUUGGACAGUUGUUAUACAUCCAGUUGUAUAAAUGUUUGACAUGUAAAAUACAUUUGUAAAAUGUAAGGUAUGUAAGUCAGCCUGGGUGAGUGUUUCUGCCAAGCAAAUAAACAAAUGUAAAUAAUGUA